CGCCCAGCUUCAUUGGCUCCCACCUUCGUCAAAAUGGCGGCGUCGACGGCUCUGAAGGGCCUGCUGGUCCCGCACGUCCUGCCGGAGAACUGCUACGACGAGCUCUUCCUCAGCCUCAACCUCUUGCACAUUCCAUGCCUCAAAAUCUUCAUCAGCAAGGGCCUCGGAUUCGCCAUCGUGGCUGGUUCCCUUCUGGUGAAGCUGCCCCAGAUCUUCAAGAUCCUGGGGGCCAAGAGCGCUGAGGGGCUGAGCUUCCAUUCCAUCCUCCUGGAGCUGCUCGCCAUCACCGGCACCAUGGCCUACAGCAUCGCCAACGCUUUCCCGUUCAGUUCCUGGGGCGAAGCUUUCUUCCUCAUGUUGCAAACUGUGGCCAUCGGAUUCCUAAUCCAGCAUUUCGGGGGUAACACGGGACGAGGUGUGUCCUUCCUGCUCGCCUACUUUGGAGUCCUGGCCCUCCUGCUCUCCUCACUCACACCCGUGGGUAUCGUGACGGCGCUCCAGGCGUUCAACAUGCCCGCCGUCAUAACAGGCAGGCUCCUGCAAGCAGCCACAAACUACCGCAACGGCCACACAGGGCAGCUCUCCGCCGUCACAGCCUUCCUGCUUUUUGCGGGCUCUCUGGCCCGGAUCUUCACUUCCAUCCAGGAGACGGGAGACCCCCUCAUGGCUCUCACCUACGUCGUGGCCUCAUCCUGCAACAGCAUCAUCACGGGACAGUUGAUAUAUUACUGGAACGUCCCCGUGGACAAGCGCAAGAAGGAAUAGGAGCCCUGGAGGGGUUCGUGA